AUGAAUCACACUCAUGUGGUUUUGAUCCCAAAGAUUAAGGAGCCUAUUAAUGUUGGGGAUUUCAGGCCUAUUAGUCUUUGCAAUGUUUUAUAUAAAAUCAUUUCAAAGAUACUAGCCAACAGACUCAAGGGAGUGCUGAAUCAAGUUAUUUCUUUAAGUCAGAGUGCCUUUAUACCCGGGAGGUUGAUCACAGAUAAUAUAAUUGCAGCUUAUGAGAUACUCCACUCCAUGAAGCUUAAGAAGAAGGGAAAGAAGGGGAGUAUGGCCUUGAAACUCGAUAUCUCAAAAGCAUAUGAUAGAGUUGAGUGGGGUUUCUUAAGGGUUGUUAUGGUGAAAAUGGGUUUUGGUGAAAAAUGGGCGGCCCUUAUCAUGCAAUGUGCGCAAUCAGUUUCAUAUGCUAUUUUGGUGAAUGGGAAACCAGGUAACACUUUUGUUCCAACACCAGGCUUAAGGCAGGGAGACCCUCUAUCUCCCUACCUAUUUCUUUUGUGUGCAGAGGGGUUGAGUACCCUUAUAAAUCAUGCUGAAAGUAAGGGCGAAUUAAGAGGAGUCUCAGUUGCUAGAAGGGGGAUAAGGGUAACACAUCUGCUUUUUGCAGAUGAUUGUUUGGUGUUUGGGCAAGCCUCUUGGCAGGAAUGGAUGAAGAUGAAAGAGUUGUUAGACAUCUAUGAGAGGGCUUCUGGGCAAUGUUUAAAUAGGCAGAAAACUUCUUUAUUUUUCAACUCAAAUACUAAGGAUGAUAUAAGGAGAAUGAUUAGGAGGGAUGUAGGGGUAGGGAUUCAAAAUUGUUGCGAGAAAUACUUGGGUUUACCUGUGAUGGUGGGGAAAUCCCAAUACAAUACUUUUAGAGAAAUAGCUGUUUUAAUGGCCAGCUUCUGGUGGGGUUCUCAACAAAAUGAGAGAAGGAUUCAAUGGAAGAGUUGGGCAAAGAUGGGGACUGCAAAAUCAGAGGGGGGGAUGGGGUUUAGAGAGCUACAAAGUUUUAAUACUGCACUACUUGCAAAACAAUGUUGGAGAGUGUUGAACAUGCCAUUCUCAGUUGCUGCUAGGGUGCUAAAGGUCAAGUAUUUCAAGCAUACUGACCUGUUGAAAGCUAAACUAGGAUAUGGGCCAUCAAAGAUAUGGAGUAUGUGGGGUUCCUUGGGGUUACUAAAGGAGGGGUUGGUUUGGAGGGUGGGAAAUCGAGAGCAAGUGAACAUUUGGGAGGAUAAGUGGUUACCUAGACCUACCUUGUUUUCUAUUCAAUCACCUCGAAAUAAUUUGGGUCCAGAGGCAUUUGUAAAGGAGCUCUUACUAAAUGGAAGGUGGAACUCCAAACUUUUAUAUGACACUUUUUUACAAGAGGAAGCUGAUAUCAUUUGUGGUAUUCCUGUCAGUCAAGCUAAUGCACCAGACAAAAGAAUAUGGGCUUUUACAAAGGAUGGAUUAUAUAGUGUAAAGAGUGGGUAUCAUUUGGAGAGGUCUAGAAGAGGUAGAGAGAAAGGGUGCUCCUCAAAAUCAAAAGUGGGAAAAGAGGUAUGGAACAAAAUUUGGAAGCUUAAUACUCCUGAAGUAGUGAAAAUGUUCAUAUGGAAAGCUGUUGUGAACAACCUACCUACCAAACUGAACCUGAAUAGACGAAGAGUAAUUGAAAACCCCUUAUGUCCUGUCUGCGGAAGGGAAAAUGAGUCAAUAUGCCAUAUAUUGUGGAGUUGCAGUGCAGCAGCUGAUGUGUGGGCAGACAAAGAGAGCCCAGUUCAGAAAUGGCAGGGAAUGGAGGAGGAUUUUAUGGACCUAUGGGUGAAGCUGACAGAAAAAUUACCAAGACAAGAUCUAGACUUAGUGGCAACUGUGAUGAGGAACAUGUGGUGGAGAAGAAAUGCUUUUAUAUUUGAUAAUAUUUUUAAGGGGCCAUCUGAGCUAUUUCUACAAGCUCAAGAAACCUUAAAAGGAUUUGCAGAGGUGAAUUGGGAUGCUAGUUUAGAUGCUGAGAAGAAAAGGAAGAGGGUAGGGAUUGUUGUGAGGGAUGAAGUUGGGGAGGUUCUGUUGUCUCUGUGUGGUUCUGAUGUUGGUCUUUGUAAUCCAGAUGUUGCAGAGUUACAGGCCCUAUGGAGAGCUUUAAAGUUCUGUGCUGAACUGUAG